UGUACGCCUGUGUUUAUUUCAGGAAAUUGACCUGGCGCUCUGUGAACAAGCUGCCAUCCCGAAACCGAAGCCACCAUGGAUCCUGAGCGGCUUUAAACUAACCAGGAGGCAAGAUGGUAUUUGAGUCUGUGGUCGUGGACGUCCUCAACAGGUUUCUUGGCGACUAUGUGGUCAACCUCGACAGUUCCCAACUCAGUCUUGGAAUAUGGGGAGGUGACGCUAUCCUGAAAAACCUAGAAAUAAAGGAAAAUGCCCUUAGCCAGUUGGACAUUCCUUUUAAAGUACGGGCAGGACACAUAGGACGCCUGGAGCUGAAGAUCCCUUGGAAGAAUCUUUACACUCAGUCUGUGGAGGCCACUCUAGAUGAAGUCUACCUGCUCAUCGUUCCCACUGCCAGUAUUAAGUAUGAUGCUGAGAAGGAGGAACGACAGCUACAGGAAGCUCGUCAGAGGGAGCUCCAACGUAUUGAAGAGACCAAACAGAGAGCAGCUGAACAAGAGAAUCCUCAGCUGCAGAAGCAGGACACCUUUGUGGAGAAACUUGUCACUCAGGUGAUCAAAAACCUCCAGGUGAAGAUUUCCAACAUCCACAUCCGUUAUGAGGAUGAUAUAACCAACCCAUCCUCCCCCAUUUCAUUUGGAGUAUCUCUACAAAACCUCAGCCUGCAGACAGCAGAUGCUAAUUGGCAUCCAUGUCUGCUGGAUGAUAAAGCCAAACUGUUCUUCAAGCUGGUGCGGCUAGACAGCCUAUUUGCCUACUGGAACACCAACUCUGAGCUCUACUCCAAUCACGCCCCAGACCAGGCGCUGAGAUGUCUGAGACAUAAUGUUGCUGUGGAGGGUUCCAUCCCUCAAGAUUAUCAAUAUGUAUUCCGACCAAUCUCGGCGCGAGCCAAACUGAGAAUGAACCCACGGUCUGAUGUGGACUUAUCGGCCCCUAAAGUGGACCUGAUGGUCAAUCUCCCUAACGUGUCUGUGGAGCUCAGCAGGCCACAGUAUGUCAGCAUCCUGGAGCUACUGGGUUCAGUGGACAUGAUGUCGCGCAAUUUGCCAUACAGGAAAUACCGUCCAGACCUGCCCCUUCAUAACAAUGCCUUCCUAUGGUGGCGCUAUGUCAUCGCGGGGAUCCUGGAGGUGAACGUGAAGCCUCGUCUGCACAUGUGGUCGUGGCAGCACAUCCGCCGCCACAGACAAACAGUCAAGCGCUACAGGGGACUCUACAAACACAAGAUCACCAACAAGAAACCUAUGGAGUCUAUGCUGAGAGAGUUGCAGGAAACUGAGAAGACUUUAGACAUCUUCAAUAUCACACUGGCACGCCAGCAAGCAGAAAUGGAGGCGAUGCGGGCGGGGCUGCCUGUGAUUCGUCCAGGUCAGAAGGCGGAGGUGGAGGAGUCGCAGGGCUGGUUUGGCUGGAUGUGGAGCUGGGGAUCGGAAACCUCACCUAAGAGCAAAGAGACUGUCAAAACCGGAGGGUUUGAUGACCUUAUGACACCGGCGGAGAAAGACAAACUCUACAAGGCCAUUGGUUACAGUGAGAUAGCCGUCAAUCACAACUUGCCCAAAAAUUUUGUGGACAUGAAGGUGAGCUUCCAGCUGGUCAGCAUGAGUGUGAGCUUGAAGGAGAGUUCAGACAAGCCAGAGAUCCUCAAGUUGGCCGUGAUGGACCUGAGUGCCAUGCUGACCCAGAGACCAGGAGCGCAGGCCUUCGGGGUGUCUGCCCAGCUGUCAUCGUUUGAAGUGACUGGACUUCCUCGAAACCGCGUGGCUCCUAUCCUGCUGUCUUCGCGGCGUGUGGCUGUGGAGAAUCACAACCCGCUCCUGACGCUGAUGUUUGAGACCAACCCACUGGACGGCUCGGCUGACCAGAAACUACACGCCGACGCCCAGCCACUGGAGAUCAUUUAUGAUGCUAUGACGGUGAAUAGCCUGUCAACAUUCUUCCUGCUCCCUGAUGAUGUCCAGCUGGAUGAGCUGACCAAUGCGACACUCAUGAAGCUGGAGCAGUUCAAAGACCGCACCGCUACAGGCCUCAUGUAUGUGAUCGAGACUCAGAAGGUGCUGGACCUGAGGGUCAACCUCAUGGCCUCGUACGUCAUCGUGCCUCAGGGCGGCUUCUACAGUGGCAAGGAGAACCUCAUCCUGCUGGACCUGGGACACCUGAAGAUGUCCAGUAAGACGCGAAAGGGCCUGCCUCAUCUCUCUGUUGGCAGCAGCACCCUGGAGGACAUCAUGUCCAGAGCCUACGACAGCUUCGACAUCCAGCUCAGCAACCUGCAGUUCCUCUACAGCAAAGCAGACGGGGACUGGCGUGCGGCCCGCAAGCUGAAGCGCUCUGCGCUGCAUGUGCUGGAGCCGGUGGACCUGAGGGUGGAGCUGAGCAGAGCCAUGGUGGUGACGGACUCCCGCAUGCCCAAGUUUAAGAUAUCUGGAGAGCUUCCGCUCCUCUCUCUGCGGAUCUCUGAUGAUAAGGUGCGGGGUGUGCUGGCCCUGGUGGACAGCAUUCCUCUCCCAGAGAGCCGGCCCACCCCCACCCCCAAACCCAGCGCCAUCCAGCUCACACCCAAGCCGUCCAAACAUAUUAUGACCACGCCUCAGGUCAACCCAAGGAAAGGACCCUCCCUCGCUGAGAUGCGGUCGUCAAUGUUCUACGAUGCCAUCUCUAUAACGUCUAUGAGCUCAGAGGAGGAGCUCUUUUUUGAUGCUCCCAGCUCACCUGUCAAGGACCAGCCGUUCCUCUUUGAGGUUCCGCCCAGCUCACUGUCACGCUCCGCAUCACUGAGGCAACGCACCAUGGCAACCCCCGAACCUCAGAAGAACAUGACUGACUUCCUCAUAUUAUUCAUGAUCCAGAAGCUCUCCAUCCAGCUGUGUCGUGUGAGUGACGGUGAGGAGGUGACUGUGCUCCACCUGAGCAUCGAGGGCUUAGGGGCGGAGCUGAAGAAGCGCACCUUUGACAUCCGAGCCGAGACCUUCCUGAGGGAGAUCUGUUUGGCCUGCCCCGAGUACACAGAUGCUGAAGACAAACCUGUGCACCUCAUAACAACAUUAGACAACACGGAGGAUGACCUGCUCAUUUUGGAGUACACAAAGGCAGAUAAGACCAGUCCAGAAUUUAAGACUGUGUAUAACAACACCGAACAGCUUGUAAAGGUGAACUUUUCAUCUCUGGACGUGCACCUGUACACGGAGGCGCUGGUCAACACCAUGAACUUCCUGAGCAAUCUGGUGCCCGCCUCGAGCCCGGAGCCAGCCCCACCCCCCGUUGAUGAUGAGCAGGGAGAGGGGGAUGAGGAGGAAGAAAAAGAACAGGAGAAGAAGGAGGGGUCAGCUGUGGUCAAAGCAGUCUCUAAGAGGAGUAAGGGAGGGAAUGGAGAGGUGGUGAACAUGCACAUCCGAGCAGAUCUGUCCAGCCUGAAGCUCUUCAUCCGUGGGGAGAAGGCUCGCAUCGCAGAGAUCCACAUUGAAGGGCUGGUGUCGGAGGUAGUAAUGAAGAAGACCGCAAUGGAGGUCCAGGCCAACCUGAAGAACAUCAUCAUUCUGGAUUGUGACAAAGAAGCCCUCUAUCAGAAGGCGGUGUCCAUAGCAGAUAAGGAGGUGUUUGCCUUCCGGAUGGUCAACUACACGGACGCCACGCAGGGCGACGCCUACAAGGACAUGAGCUGCGUGGACACAGACAUCAGCCUGACUGUGGGCUGCAUCCAGCUCAUCUUCCUCUACAAGUUCUUCUCCUCCAUUCUGACCUUUGUGGAUAACUUCCAGACGGCGAAGGCCGCCCUGGCGGAGGUGACUGCUCAGGCGGCGGAGAAGGCGGCGGUGGGCGUGCGGGAGCUGGCCGAGCGGAGCUCACGCAUCUCCCUGGCCGUCCGCAUCAACGCGCCCGUCCUCUUCCUGCCGCAGUCCUCCAGCUCGCCCAACGUCAUCGUGGCCGACCUCGGGCGCGUGGUGGUCAGUAACGCGUUCGCCAUGGAGUCCACCAUGUCCCCACUGCGCAAGGCCAUCCCACCCAUCACCGAUAACAUGAAGGUGGAGCUCAGCCACCUGAAGAUGUACAGGACUACAUUUGCACAUGGAAAGUUCCAGAAUGAGGUGGAGCUCCUGAAGCCAGUGAAUAUGGACCUGACGAUCAAGAGGAACCUCUCUGCUGCCUGGUACCACAACAUCCCAGACAUCCAGAUUGAUGCUCACCUCCGACCCAUGAGUCUGGUGUUGAGUCAGGAGGACUUGGCAGUGGUAUUACGGACUCUCAGUGAGAAUCUCUCAGAAACAGCAAGCGAGGAGUCAACCCCCUCAACUGCCCCUCCAGACAAGGCAGAUACUACCUCAAAUAAAGAAAAUACUGUGGUAAUCUCCGCUGUGGUGGAGGCACACCAGAGUGCCAAGCUGGAGACCAAACUCAAGCUGGACUUCAAAUUCGACUCCCUGACUCUACUGUUGUACAGUCCAGCUGAGACUCCACAGCAGGGUGCGCGUGAGCCGCGUCUGAUGCUGGCUGAGUUCACGCUGGGCUCCAUUCACACCCAGCUGCUUCAGCUGUCCGACGGCGCCAUGAACGCCACCGUCCGCCUGUCAGAGUGCCUGCUGGACGACAAGAGAAGCCACAUCAAGAGUGUCACCUCCAGGAUGAUGGCCCAGAGUCCGGGCGCUGAGAAGAGCGUGAUGCUGGUGUUGAGCUACCGCGCGGGGCGGGAGGGCACCAGCCUGCAGGUGGCGCUGCAGGACCUGUACCUGUGCGCCAGCAUGGAGUUCCUGCAGACUGUGGCCAACGUCUUCCUGGAGGCAUUGGCCAACGGCCGGCCAGCCGCUCCGCGCAACGGUCGCCCCACCAACGCCAGCUCAAGUGCCACCUCCACCAAAGACACCGUCCCCGCUCAGCCGCCCACAGUGCUACGGAACACCUACAGCGUCAUGGUCAAGAACCCUGAGGUCGUGUUCGUGGCUGACCUCACCCGUCCCGAUGCGCCGGCCCUCGUCAUGACGACGCAGGUGGAGGCGGAGUAUAACGACGGGCCAGACGGCCAGCGGCUGACAGCGGUCGUGCGCGACCUGAAGGUCACAGCCUGCCCGUUUCUGCGGCAACAGCGGAAGCCCAACCAUGUGACCACCGUCCUACAGCCCUGCGAGCUCUUCUUCAACCUCCACAUGCCCACCAGCCAGCCGCAGAGCAUGGAGCUCAGCAUCAGCGCACUCACACUCAAGGUGUCCCCCAUCAUCAUCAACACGGUCAUCACCAUCCAGUCGGCGCUGACCCCUGCACCCGAGGGAGGAGAAGGGGACGAGAAGGAGAGCCCCAUGCCCCCUGACCUCUGGGAGCACCGCGACCUGCGCCAGCUCAAGCUCUGGUUCCUGGAGGAGGAGGGUGAGGAGGACGCCCGUUCGCUGGCGCCGCUGGUGCCCCAGGGCGACACCCUCAAGCUGGGCAUCGACACCAUCUGCCUGACCCUGGAGGCCGGCGUGGGCCACAGGACGGUGCCCAUGCUGCUCGCCAAGGCGUCGUUCCACGGGGACGCUAAGAACCUCAGCACGCUCAUCAACCUACACAGCACCCUCAACCUGGAGGUGCAUUACUACAAUGAGAUUAUGGGUGUAUGGGAGCCACUGCUGGAGCCUCUGGAAGAUGAAACCUCAGAUGGAUUCAGACCCUGGAGCCUUGAGCUGAAGAUGAAGAAGAAGCCCCUGAAGCAUUCUGGGAUAGCGGAUGAAGUGGACUUCUCUGUGCCUGACUAUAAAACGGUCAUCAGCGUCAGCAGUAAAGACCAACUAAACAUCAUGUUGUCCAAGUGCGGCCUCAACAUGCUGAGCAACCUGGGCAUGGCUUUUGCCGCGGCCACCCAAACGGCUGAGAGUUUCCAGCGUGAUCAGGCUCCACUGGUUCUGAAGAAUCACCUGGGUGUGGCCCUGUCCGUGCUGCUCAGCGACAUGUUUGUCCAUCUGGUACCUGAGACCCACGGCGACACCGUGUCUCUCAACCGCUCCAAGUCCACUGACCGGCGCGUGGAUCUGCUGGACGGACAGAAUCUCUUCAUGGACUUCGCCUCGGACCAGUUCUCGGCCAUGACUAGUCUCAACGCCAAGAACUACUACAUCCAGCCCACUCCAGUUGGCCACUCAGAAGCGAGCAUCAUCCCACUCAUCAAGGUGGGCCGGGGCAUGUACAGCGUGCUGCACAACGAGUCCCACGUCACGCGCUUCUUCGUCUGUCAGAUCUACUCCGUAGAGGGCAGCAAGUACGUCAAGAUCCGCUCGCCCUUCCAGAUCAUAAACCACAGCACGGUGUCCUUCAGAGUGUUUGAGGGCUCCACCUGCCUCGGAACCUCUCUUCCCACCGAGGAGUUCUGUGUUCCGCUGGGCUCCUACAGGGCUCAGUUAAGUCUCCAGCCCGUGAAUGCUGUGGAGGGGGCUGAGGCAGAAUAUGGGCCGUCUGAAGGUUUCAGCUACGAAACGGUCACUAGUCAACCUGGCGAGUGCGUGGAGCAGGCGUGCAGUCACCUCCGGGACAGUGAGUGUGUGUUCAAGGUCAACAUGGUUGCCAUGAGGGACACGGUGACCUUACACAGCACCGAGGAGAACUUUGACCCGCCCUACGUCCUGCAUCUGUGGCCCAGCGUCCAGCUGAGGAAUCUGCUGCCUUACCCCAUCACAUACUGCCUACAGGGCACUACCAUCUCCACCCCUGCUGUGCUGGAGGCGGGCCACUCCUGCCAGCUGCACACAGCCCUAUUGGACCAGCACACGGUGGAGCUCCGCCUCCUGGACUACAUGCAGCAGGAUUGGGUGGCCCAGUACAGUCUCCGCAGCGGCCAGGACGAGAUCAGCUUCCUGACGUUCAGCUCGCUGAGCGCGAGUGAGGAGGGCGCCGAGCUGGACGUGGGCGUGCAUGUGCGCUACGAGGCCGGCCAGGCCCUGCUGGCGCUGCACUCCCCCUACUGGAUGGUCAACAAAACGGGCCGCCUGCUGCAGUACAAGUCCGACGACGUCCACCACAAACACCCCAAAGACUACAGCUCCCCCCUGCUCUUCUCCUUCAAGCCCAGGAACUUCUUUCAAAACAACAAGGUGCGCUUGAUGAUCUCAGACAGUGAACUGUCAGACGAGUUCUCCAUUGACACCGUUGGCAGCUAUGGUGAUGUGAAAUGCAAAGGUCGCUUGAAAGAUUAUCUGGUUGGGGUGAAGAUUGACGCCACCAGCUUCAGUCUGACGCGUGUGGUGACGUUCGUACCCUUCUACGUGCUGGAGAACCACACCAGACACCUGAUCAGCGUGUGUGAGGAAGGCCACGAGCAGUGGACUGAGGCACCGCCACUGCAGUCUGCUGUUCCCUUCUGGCCUGAAAGAGAGUCUAAGAAGCUGAAAGUCAAAGUUGAAGGGUGCCAAUCAACUCAAGUCAUCAACUUCCACAAGCCAGAGAACUGCCUCUUACUUCAUCUUGACAACACUUUGGGAGGCAUCACUGUGGAUGUGAAUCUGACGGAACACUUGGCUGUAGUGCGUUUCUCUAACUACCACGAUGGCGCUGCCCCCUUCCUGCUCAUCAACCACACCAAAGAGCACACGCUUCAGUACCACCAGAGUCCUAAACAGGACAAAGUAGGCUGGGUUUCAGAUGAUCUACUGGACCUUUCGUUCUCCUUGGAUGGCAGCGCCAGCUCUCAGAGGGAGAUUGUGGAGUUGGAAGCUGGGCAGGCCGUGUACUACACCUGGGCUGAGCCGACCGGGUCACGUGUGCUAAACUGGAGCUGGGGUCACCACUCAGGAGAGCUCAAGAUCGAGGAGGACCUUUUGCUGGACGUGGGCGGGGAGGGCUCGCUCUUCCUGCUGUCAUUCUAUGAGGGCCUCCAGCGGGUGGCGCUGUUCACGCAGAGCAAGCGGCUCUACCAGAACAUCUGCAACAGCGAGAAGGCCGAGCUGGCCAACCAGGAGAUCAUCCUGGCCCUACAGGACCUGGGCGUGUCCCUCGUCAACAACACCACCAGUCAGGAGGUGGCCUUCAUUGGCAUCUGCAGCUCUGACGUGGUGUGGGAGUGUAAGCUGCAGAAGAAGAACCGCUGGAAGACUCUGAGUGUAAAGGAUGCAGAUGUGCUGGAGCGGAGCUACAGAGAAUACAUGGAGAGCAACCCAGUGGACAACAAAAUCCUCACACUACCAAACGACUCCCAGGUGUCCCUGACUCCUUCUGGUUUAGAGAUGCGGAUGUUGAAGCCCUAUGAUGCUUUGCUGCGCAGAAACUUUCUGCCAGCACUGAAAGUGGAGUAUAAGGUGUCGGCGCGGCAACAAGCCUAUCGUGUGCAGAUAAACCACAUCCAGAUUCAGAACCAGCUUCCUGGAGCCAUCUUCCCUGUUGUGUACUACCCUGUGAAGCCACCCAAGUCUGUUAGCAUGGACUCAGAACCCAAACCCUUGACUGAUGUCAGCAUCAUCACGCGAGCUGCAGGCCACUCUGACAUCUUGCGCAUCAAGUACUUCAAGGUUCUGAUCCAGGAGAUGGAUCUGAGGCUGGACCUCGGGUUCCUGUACGCCCUGCUCGACCUUUUCACACAGGAACACAUAGAAACGGUCACAACUGAGCAGGAGGUGGAGCUCUUUCAGAAAGACAUUGAGUACAUAAAGACACAACUGCACCAUGUCUCCAGCACAGACUCCUCCCCCAUCAGCCUCUAUGAGUACUUCCACAUAUCCCCCAUCAAGCUCCACCUGAGCUUCUCUCUGAGUACGGGAGGGGAGGAUGGGCAGAAGGAGAAGAGGCAGACGGAGCUGAUCCCAGUGCAGAGUCUCAACCUGCUGCUCAAGAGCAUCGGGGCCACGCUCACAGACGUACAGGACGUGGUGUUCAAACUGGGCUUCUUUCAAAUGACCUACAAGUUCAACACAAGGUCGCAGCUCCAGUGGGAGGUCAUCAGACACUACUCUAAACAGGCUAUUAAGCAGAUGUACGUGCUGGUGCUGGGUCUGGAUGUCCUGGGGAAUCCGUUUGGUCUGAUCCGUGGCCUGUCUGAGGGAGUGGAGGCUUUCUUUUACGAGCCCUAUCAGGGUGCUAUCCAGGGUCCUGAAGAGUUUGUGGAGGGCAUGGCGCUGGGUGUCAAAGCCCUUGCUGGCGCUGCAGUCGGUGGUCUGGCGGGCGCUGCGUCCCGUAUAACAGGGGCGAUGGCGAAGGGUGUGGCGGCGAUGACUCUGGAUGAGGAGUACCAGCAGAAGAGACGCGAGGCCAUGAACCGCCAGCCCAGGGGCCUCAAAGAGGGACUCGCCCGGGGGGGCAAGGGCCUGGUGUCUGGUUUUGUGAGUGGCAUUACUGGGAUAGUCACCAAACCCAUUAAAGGAGCACAGCAGGAGGGAGCUGCAGGUUUCUUUAAGGGUGUAGGGAAGGGGCUGGUAGGAGCAGUGACUCGGCCCACUGGGGGCAUCAUAGACAUGGCCAGUAGCACCUUCCAGGGCAUAAAGAGGGCUACAGAGCCGUCUCAGGAUGUGGACAGUUUGCGUCCUCCACGCUUCAUCCAUGAUGACGGUGUGAUCCGCCCCUACAGGGAGAGAGAGGGACUAGGGAGCCAGAUGCUCCAGAAAAUUGAGAACGGGCGCUUUGCCAAGUACAGGUACUUUGCUCAUGCCAAAGUGAACGAGUCGGACUUCCUGAUGAUCACCAAGAGGGGCAUUUUCUUUGUCACAAAGGGAACAUUUGGUCAGUUGACAUGUGAAUGGCAGUACCUGUUUGAUGAGUUCACCAAGGAGCCAAUGAUUGUAGAGGACCGACGGCUGAGGAUUGAGGCCAAGGAGCGAGUCAAGUCUGUAUUUCACGCCAAAGAGUUUGGCAAGAUCAUCAACUUCAAAACUCCUGAGAUAGCGAAGUGGGUUCUCACCAAGCUGGAGGAUGCAAGAGAAAGUCUGCCAAAAUACUAACAAGUCACACGGCCACCUCCUUUGUGUUGCAGUGCCUUUGGUUCUGAUGUAAUUCAGCUCAGUUACCACUAGGUGUCAGUAGUAUCAUGCAUCAGUUUGCACUAUGCUUUCACAUACAUCCACAACAAAACCUCUCCGUUGCUUUAGCACACACAUCCACAUACAGCUUAUGGCCAAGUAUGCCUCUAAAGUGCAAACCUUAUCCUGUGUUUUCACUUCAUUUCUGACACGCCACACUGUUAGUGGGAAUGUUAAUAUCACAAGCCAAAACACGUCAUGGAGAACCCUAUUUAUAAAGACAGCUGGAAUAUGUUUACGUUUGUGAGUGAGUGAGGUAAUACUUUACUUGACUGAAUGAAUGAAUGAAUGAGGGAGUGAGUGAGUUGCUUCUGAGUAUAACUUGUAUUGUUUAAUUUGAAAAUGAAAAAAUGAUUUUAUGAAAAUAUUUGUUUCAAACAGGAAUAUUUUUCUACCUUUAGCUUUUGCAUGUUAAGAACAUAUAUGUAUUAGAAUUGGGGUGUAUUGCUAUUUUCAGUAUUUCAUGUGACUGAUAAACUGUUUACUGUAACACUACUGCAGAGGCAAGAGGGUGGGGUUAAAUAAUAUGCAAUAAUGAUUAUGCCUAAUGCUUGCGUUUGUGUACAUUUUAACUUUGCUUUAAAUUGUUAGUGUUUGCCCAUAACUAAGUAUAUGCCAUGUCCAGUCUUAAAACAUUUUUUUCAUCAGUUUUAAAUAAAACAUCUAUUAAAUAUA